CGCGGGGCGCUCUGCGUGUUUGGAGUUUGGGUAGUUCGGGCGGUGGAGAACUUGUGGUGAAUUUGUUUGUAGAGGGAUGUGCGAGGUCGAAGUGGUUACUUGUCCAACACAAGGCACCUAACAUCAUUUAUUCAGUUCAAGCUAGAUUUGCAGCCCUGAUCGAACCAUUUUCGUCUGAGAGUAACUCAAGCAGAGGUGAGACAUGCUGUAGCCAGAGCGCAGUGUCAGUGACGCAGGCAGCAGAGACAGCUGGUGCCAGUGCGUGAUCUUUGCUCACGCUGACUCAGACUGAGUGUGCAACAGCCAUGGAGCCCGUGAGCAUCCAGCUGCUGGAGAGCAUCGCCAAGGACCGGGAUGCCAGCAGUCUGAUGGCAUCCCUGUUCCAGACAGUCACAAAUGAUAUGAAGAGUUCGCAGCCGGUCUGGGAGGACUUCGCCAGCAAGGCCGGCAAGCUACACACCUGUCUGAAGAACACGCUGGCAGCGGUGACGUCGUUUCUGGACGCCUUCCAGCGAGUGGCGGAUAUGGCAGCUGGCACUAAAGGCGCCUCGAAGGACAUUGGCACAGCCCUGACCCGCAUCUGUCUGAGGCACCGGACGGUUGAGGUUCGGGUCAGAGAGUGCACCAGCACCCUGCUGGACUCGAUGAUUGUACCGCUACAGGAGAAGCUGGAGGACUGGAAAAAGUACACGGCGCAUCUAGAGAGGGAGCACGCCAAAGAGUACCGCCGGCACCGGACCGAGCUCAAGAAGCGCGCCGCGGAGGCGCUCAAGAUGCAGAAGAAGGCGCACAAGCUAAAGACGCCCGAGGCGCGCCGCUCGCUGGACCUGCUACUGACCGAUGUGCAGGACAGAUAUCAGCGUCUGGAGACGUGCGAGCGGGGCUCCGUGGAGGCGGCCCUGGUCGAGGAGCGGCGCCGCUUCUGCCGCUUCGUCACCUGGCUGCUGCCGUUUGUGCGCGGCGAGGUGGCCGCCGCCGAGGAGGUGUUUCGGCUGACGGAGCCGCUGGAUCAGCUGGAGAGCUGUACCGCCGAGCCGUCCGUGCUGCCCCCGUCGGCACUGCAGCUGAUUUCAGACCUGAAACGGUCAGCGGACGGUGCGGCGGAGCCCGGUCCGGGCGGUCCGUCCGGCUCACCGCCGCGCUCGCCGCUCUCACCACGCGCCGCCUCUUCUCUCGGCUCGCGUCAGUCGAGUCUGUGCUCCAUCAGCAGUCUGCAGUCGUCCAGCUCGGGCGGCGGCGGCGGCGCGGCGCCGGCGGCCGCCAGCCGACCCCGCUCGGCCAGCCAGGCGGCGGCCGGCUGGGCGCCCCUGGCCGCGCCCGCCCACCGCGUGGCCAGUGUCUCCUCGCACGACUCUGGAUUCACCUCGCAGGACACGCUGUUUGUGAAGCCGGCCACGCCGCCGCCGCCGGCAGAGCCUGUGUCAGAGACGGACGGCGGCCGGACGUGGGGCGCCUCGCCUCCGCCGCCACCGCCCGAGACGCCGCCACCCCCGCCACCACCGGACAGCGAGGCGCCGCCGCCGCCCCGACAGCGACCGCACACCAUCUCCAGUGGGUUCGUUCGCGGCGGCGUGCUGCAGCGGGCGCCGCUGAGUCCGAGCACGUUCGUACCACAUCCGCCCGCCGCGGCUCCGCCCGUCUCUGGCCGGCCGCCGGUGCCCACCAAAUCGCGCCUCAAGCAGAAGCCGCGCCGUGUGCUGAGCCACUACGCCAGUCCCGCGGAGGUGGUCCUGCCCGACUACCACCAGUCGGCGCCGCACAUGGUGGUGCCCCAGCCCGUGUACGCCAACAUGGCCGAACUGCGAGAGAUGGCGGCACUCAAAGAGGAGGAGUCGACCGCGCCGCCGCCGCCAGAGCGGGCUGCCGCCCCCGCCCCCGCCCCCGCCGCGGUGGCGGCCGCCGCUGUCGCCGCCGCCGCCGCUGCCGCCGCCAACCUACGAAACAGCAGCCUGGCGUCAGGAACACAACAAUGUGAGCGGUCGGAGAGCGAGGGAUCCACCUCGAGCGGCUACGACAGCGUGCACGCCGCCGCCUCGGCCGGACCACCGCCAGAAGCGCUGCCGCCGCCGCCCGAUUUCGUGCUCUACAACUUCUGCGAGGAGCCCGAGGAGACGGCUGGGUCGGAUCGGACGCUGUCGAUGCCAGCGCCGCCAGAUCCGCCGGACGUCCGCCCUGCCCCGGCGGUCGGUACGCUGCGCCGCAGUCGCUCGCAGACCAGCUGCCCGCCGGCGCCGCCGCCUCCGCCCGUGCGCCGCGAGUCAGCGGCCGGGCCGCUGUACUCGCAGCAGCAGCGGCGGCCGCGCUCGCUGGCCGGGCCGGGCGCCGCGCCGCUCUCCAUGCCGCCGACAGCUGCUGCCGAGAGGAGCUCACCGCCGGACAGUCCGGUGACGCUGCGGCGCGCUGCCGCCACCCGCGACCCCUCGUUCCUGCAGUGUCUGUCGGCGCGUCUCAGUGCCGGUAGGGCGUCCGAGCGGGCCUCUGCCCCCGUCCCCGCCCCCGCCGCCGCUGCUCCCGUCCCCGCUGCGUCCGCCCCGGGCCCGGCGCCACCCCGGCCGACCACAGGGGAGGCAGUGACCUCCCCACCGCCCCCGCCGCCGCCUCCACCCCCAUCCCCACCGCCCCCACCCCCGGGUCCCGGCGCGCCGGGCCGCCGGUUAUAGAGCUGCUGUGUAGUCAGUUUUGGGAACAGACCAGAGGUGUACCGCGGGACAGUGGUUCCACGCUGCGCGGUCCGACGGAAAUUGUUCAGAGUGGACGCGUUCUCUAUGUGAUUCUGUGGGUUAGCCGUUCGCCAGUCGUUGUGCAGUGAGUGGGUAGUGUAGUGUUUAGCGCACUGUUGGGGAACCGUGCCUGCGCCAUCCGCCUUCAGUUGGUGGCGAUGCCGCAGCGGGCGGGCGCUGCUACUGUAACAAAGAACUGCCUUUGACCUAGACAGUACUUGGGGAGUCUGAGCGACCAUCACACUGCGCGGACUGGUCAGCGGGGCUCAGCAUUGUGCGUUUGAAUGUAACGCAGCUUACCGUAACGUAACUGACACGUUCUAGCCAGAGGUUGCAAUAGUUGGAAGCGAAGCCAAAGAGAGUCGUGUGCGCGUGGCGAUCACAGGGCCUGCACUGGCCGCAGCACAUUUGUGGGUUACCAUAUUGUACAACACCGCUGCGCGGGACUACCUAGACGAGAGCGCCGCGCGUAGGCUAACACUGCUAGCACGUAUCGCGCCGAGCUGUGUAUUCCAGGGGCGGUUUUGUACGUUGUAUAAAUGUAUACAAAGUCACA